GCGGCCCCCACCCCUUACACCCGAGGGGCCCCUCUUGCCCGCCCCCAGCACCCCGGGGUGCUUCGGGCCGUAGAUAAGCCAGCAGGCUGGCACGGCGCCGCGCACGGGGCGGAGAGGUCACGGGCUUGCCAGGGGAGGGGCCGAUGGGUCGGGGCUGCGCCCCCCGCCCGCCCGGCACCCCCAAAUCCCUAAUCGCAGCCGGAUCUGCUCUUGCGGCGCAGCCCCGCGGGACGUGGCAAGAGCCGACCUGCAGAGCCUGUUCUGGCCGCGGCGGCCGGGGGGGGGCGGGCUGGGCGUGGGGGUGCCGGCGCUGCGGCACCUUUAAGACGAGGGAGGACCCCUCUUGCCCUCGGACAAACCAGGAAGGGAGUCGCGAGCAUCAUACGGGGCUUUGCGUACUGUACGGCUACUGUAGGGGCAGUGACGCCGCCGCCCGCCCGAGCGAGGUCCGCGCCGCGGGCAGCCCCGAUCGCGCGUCCUCCGGGCCCGGGUCCCCGCGGGGUAAGCCGCCCGGGCUGAAGGGGAGCCCUCUCGGAGAGGUGUUGGCGGGGAAGAUGGCUGGCGGCGUGGACGGCCCCAUCGGGAUCCCGUUCCCGGACCACAGCAGCGACAUCCUGAGUGGCCUGAAUGAGCAGCGGACACAGGGGUUGCUGUGUGACGUGGUGAUCCUGGUGGAGGGCCGCGAGUUCCCCACGCACCGCUCGGUGCUGGCCGCCUGCAGCCAGUACUUCAAGAAGUUGUUCACGUCGGGCGCCGUCGUGGACCAGCAGAACGUGUACGAGAUUGACUUCGUGAGCGCCGAGGCACUGACGGCGCUCAUGGACUUCGCCUACACCGCCACGCUCACGGUCAGCACGGCCAACGUGGGCGACAUCCUGAGCGCUGCCCGGUUGCUAGAGAUCCCGGCCGUGAGCCACGUGUGCGCAGACCUGCUGGAGCGCCAGAUCCUGGCGGCCGACGAUGUGGGAGACGCAGGCCAGCCCGACGGGGCGGGCCCCACGGACCAGCGCAACCUGCUGCGCGCCAAGGAGUACCUAGAGUUCUUCCGCAGCAACCCCAUGAACAGCCUGCCCCCCGCCGCCUUCCCGUGGCCUGGCUUCGGUGCCCCUGAAGACGACCUCGAUGCCACUAAGGACGCAGUGGCUGCUGCCGUUGCCGCGGUGGCUGCCGGCGAUUGCAAUGGCUUGGACUUCUACGGCCCGGGGCCCCCCGCCGAGCGGCCACCCGCGGGCGACGGAGACGAGGGCGACAGCACCCCAGGGCUGUGGCCUGAGCGGGACGAGGAUGCCCCGGCCGGGGGACUCUUCCCGCCACCCACCGCCCCGCCGGCCGCCACACAGAAUGGCCACUAUGGCCGCGCUGGAGAGGAGGAGGCAGCAUCGUUGUCCGAGGCGGCCCCCGAGCCUGGCGACUCCCCAGGCUUCCUGUCGGGCGCAGCCGAGGGCGAGGAUGGCGAAGCGGCUGAUGUGGACGGGCUGGCGGCCAGCACGCUGCUCCAGCAGAUGAUGUCCUCGGUGGGCCGAGGGGACAGUGAUGAGGAGUCCCGCGCAGACGACAAGGGUGUCAUGGACUACUACCUGAAGUAUUUCAGCGGCGCUCACGAUGGCGACGUGUACCCGGCCUGGUCACAGAAGGGCGAGAAGAAGAUCCGGGCCAAGGCCUUCCAGAAGUGUCCCAUCUGCGAGAAGGUGAUCCAGGGUGCAGGCAAGCUGCCCCGCCACAUCCGCACACACACGGGCGAGAAGCCCUACGAAUGCAACAUCUGCAAAGUUCGCUUCACCAGGCAGGACAAGCUGAAGGUGCACAUGCGGAAGCACACAGGCGAGAAGCCAUACCUGUGCCAGCAGUGCGGCGCGGCUUUCGCGCACAACUACGACCUGAAGAACCACAUGCGGGUGCACACAGGGCUGCGGCCCUACCAGUGCGACAGCUGCUGUAAGACCUUCGUGCGCUCCGACCACCUGCACAGACACCUCAAGAAAGACGGCUGCAACGGGGUCCCCUCGCGCCGCGGCCGCAAGCCCCGCGUGCGGGGUGUGCCCCCCGAUGUCCCCACUGGGGCCGCCGCGCCCCCCGGGCUCCCCGACACCCCGCGCAAUGGCCAGGAGAAGCACUUUAAGGACGAGGAUGAGGACGAGGACGAGGCCAGCCCCGACAGCUCGGGCCGCCUGAAUGUAGCAGGCAGCGGCAGUGAUGGUGCAGGUGGCCCUGCUGUGGCCACUGCAGAGGGUAACUUUGCAACCUGACUCAUAUUCAAAACAAACCAAAACCAAAACAAACUAAGAGAGAAGAGAGAAAAACCACACCCACCCUAGCACCACAGCUGUCUGUCCAGACGCCCUCCAUCCAUCCACACGCGGACCUGUGUGCGUGUAUAUAUCCAUGGCCAUUGUGGGCACGCCUGCCUUUCACAGAUUCUUAGGAUGUGGCCACACCUGCUCCCGUGCCCCUCGCCCUGUCCGCGUGGGGUCCCACCCUGGGGGCCUCCCUGCCUGCUCCUGGCUAAGGUGAGGGUGAUGGGGACCCCCAGGACAGGCGCCCGGCUCCUUGCUGGUUGGUUUUAGGGGUCUCAGACAGACCUUAAAUGCUUUCUGUCCACUGUGAGUGGACGUUAAAAUGGUCCCCGGCUCCCCACCCUCCUUCCUCAGGGCACUUACUAAAGAGGGGGGUGUCCCCUCGGCCUCCCUGCUCCCGUCCCGCCUGUGGCCUCACACCUCUGCACACCCGUACCCUGGCCACCCACCACUGACAUACAAGUCUAUUUAUUCCCAAGCCUGGGUGGCCGGAGCUGGGAUUUGGGGGGCCGCUGGGGUCCCGCCACCUUCUUUCACGGCACUUAAACCUGGCGGGGUCCUCGGGGCCACUGCUCAGGGCGACCCCCCCGACCCUCCUGUCUCCGCUAGCCUGACCCCGCCCCAUGUUCAGAGAUUGAAAAUUCGUCUUCACCCUGCGCCCCACUUUUUAAAGCACUUUUUAGAUCUAUUUCCCCUUUUCCUCCUUAAAGACAGUUUAUAUAGAGAUAUAUAGAGAGAGAUAUAUAUAUAAAAUAUUCUUUUCCUCAGAGGAGCCGGCAGCAGGCAGCAGUUUUAGGGGGACGUAGCCAAGAUCAGAGGGAACCCCAGGGACUCAGGCAGGGACAGGGGAGGGGGCAAGAGAGGCCACAGCUUAAUGUCACAAAACAGCAAUAAAACCCCAAGAUUUUACUAAAUACGAAGGGAAAACAAAAACUUUAAAAAAAAAUCAGCUAAAGCGGCGACAGCCACGUGGGGAUCUUGGCACUUU